AUGCGAGGUACGCCCAGUCGUGGGGCCGAUCGUGGCCGCAUUCCCACCUUCAACCACAGCCCAGCACCCGGGGCUGGAGCUGGCCCCGGCGCCGGCUCUGGCUCUGGCAUCCCCAGGCCUGUUCUUGGUGGUGACCUCGGCCACAAAGAAAGCUACGCUACUAAUAGCGAGAUAGGCGGGGCCAGCACGGUCAGCACCAGCAGACAGAAGCAGUCCAAGAGGGAUGAGGCGAUCCGCCGGAAGCUGGAGAACGACCUCUCCAAGAAGAAGCACCUCACCGGCCGCGCUAGGCACACCCGAAAGGCUCCUCCCGGAACGGUCCUCGCCCUGAAGCCCAGCCAGGCUCUCCAGAUCAAGCCCCAGACCACGGUGGCCGAGGCUGCCCAGUUGAUGGCCGCGAAGAGGGAGGACUGUGUACUGGUCACCGACGACGAUGAUAGGAUCGCGGGUAUAUUCACGGCCAAGGACCUGGCCUUCCGGGUCGUGGGGGCCGGGCACAAGUCGGCCAACGUGACCAUCGCCGAGAUCAUGACCAAGAAUCCGCUCUGUGCGCGGACCGACACCAGCGCCACCGAUGCCCUCGACCUCAUGGUGCGCAAGGGCUUCCGCCACUUGCCCGUAAUGGACGAGAACCAGGACAUCUCGGGUAUCCUCGACAUCACGAAGUGUUUCUACGACGCGAUGGAGAAGCUGGAGAGGGCCUACUCUUCCUCGAGGAAGCUGUACGACGCGCUCGAGGGUGUACAGUCAGAACUUGGUUCCAGCCAGCCCCAGCAGAUCAUCCAGUACGUGGAGGCGCUACGGUCCAAGAUGUCAGGCCCGACCUUGGAGUCUGUCUUGAACGGCGAGCCGCCAGUCACUGUCAGUGUCAGGACUCCUGUGAGAGAAGCUGCUCAGAUGAUGAAGGAGAACCACACCACCGCAGUCUUGGUCCAGGAUAACGGUGCCAUCACCGGCAUUUUCACCAGCAAGGAUGUCGUCCUCCGUGUCAUUGCCCCCGGCCUGGACCCGGCCACCUGCAGUGUUGUCCGUGUUAUGACUCCUCACCCCGACUUUGCUCCCAUCGACAUGAGCAUUCAGGCAGCACUCCGGAAAAUGCACGAUGGCCACUACCUCAACCUUCCCGUCAUGAACGAUGGCGGUGAGAUUGUCGGCAUGGUUGAUGUGCUCAAGCUGACAUACGCCACUCUGGAGCAAAUCAACGGCAUGUCUACCACAGACAGCGAGGGUCCAGCAUGGAACAAGUUCUGGCUGUCUCUGGACCACGAGACGGAAUCCAUGGUUUCUGGCGACGGCACCCAGCACGACCGCAGCCACGUCGGCUCGCGCUCGCUGAUGUCCCCCGAUAUCAAUAGGGACCGUAUCCUGGACAGCGUCGCACCUGGCGAUUCUGCCUCCCACGCUGGUGUGGAAUCGCCCCCGCAGAGCGCCCUGGCACACUCCCCGGAGCUGCCACCCAGCGAGCUGCCGUUCCCUUUCAAGUUCAAGACACCCAGUGGCCGCACCCACCGUCUUCAGGUCAUCGCCUCGCAGGGCAUGGACACUUUCGUUGUAAACGUCAUCUCAAAGCUCGGUUCCGAGAUCGACUCUGUCGGUGGCGCGCCUACCGUCGAGGACGGCAAGCUGUCCUUUACUGGAUUUGCGCUCAGCUAUCUGGACGACGAGGGUGACUCGGUGUCCAUUACGACCGACCAGGACCUGCUGGAAGCGAUCCUGCUCGCGCGUCAGAACCACCGCGACAAGGUGGACCUGUUUGUUCAUGAUCCGGAGAAGCCCCCUAUCGCGCCCGUACCAACGCCUGCGCCCGAGACAGUCAUCCCCACGCCUCCGGCGUCUAGUGUGCGGGAGCGGAGGAGGAGGAACUACGACGGCGAGGACGACAGUGAGGAGGAGGAGAGCCAGGACGAGUCGCCGAGGAGCGCGCGGGCCAGGAGACACCGCAGCAGGCACGCGCACCAGCCUGAGCAGGUGGUGCCCGGAGUCCCCAACGAGCUGCUCCUCCCUGGUGCGAUCGCGACGCUGGCGAUUGUCAUUGUGGCUACCUUCACGAUCGGCCGCAUGUCAAGCCGAUAG